GCUCAAGUCAGCCAAUCAGAUGCGAUUAACCGAGCUCCAGGUCACACCAAAGUGCUGCUCGUGGUUUGAAAGUGUACACUUCUUGACGAGAAGACUUUGAAACAACAUGGGGAAGCAGAGUUUCUAUGUGCUGUGCUCCCUGCGUGACGCUCCCCGACAGUUUAUUAGCAAAUCCAACCGAAGGUGCUUCCAAGUCCACGUGCCCCUGCCUCUUCCCAAACAGCUGGUGGUGUUUGGUCUUGGAGAAUGGAACUAUAAUGAGACAACAAUCUCUGUAGAGGUUGUGGUCAGUGCUGAAGUACAACAAAUUGGGACCCUGACAUCUCAAGCGAGGUGCCUGACCUGGGAGGGGGAGUGGAGCUCUGACAUCGUCUUAGUGGCAGCAGAGAGAGGCAGGAGAGGAGUUUAUGGAAAGAUUGUGCUAACAGUGUGUGGAGAGCAGGCACAGGAUAAAUCCAGUGUCUUCAGCAGCACUCCUCUGGUUCAAAGGAAAUGUCUGUUCCCAGACAAACACAAUGCCACUGAUCUCUCUUCAACCUUAAAUCAAAGCAUUGCAAACGAAACGACAACUGCUGAUGUGUCACACUUGGGUGAAAGUGCUUCAUAUGCAGACAUCCAAGUAAACAAAGUUGACACCAGCAUUUUCACUAUGGGAAAGAAACCCCACGUUUGGCCUACGAUUAAUGCUGAUGUGUCACACUUGGGUGAAAGUGCUUCAUAUGCAGACAUCCAAGUAAACAAAAUUGACACCGGCAUUUUCAGAAUUAAAAAUAAACCUCCAGUUUGGCCUACGAUUAAUGCUCAUGUGUCGCACCUGGGUGAAAAUGUUUCUUCGGCAGGGAUCCAAGUAAACAAAAUUGACACCGGCAUUUUCAGAAUUGAAAAUAAACCUCCAGUUUGGCCCACAGAGAAGACACCAAAACGUACAGUUAUCAGUAAGAGAGGCCAGCUCACAUGGAGUUUAGAGGACGAGGACAGUGACAGCCUCGCAGAGGACACUGACCAAGCUUCCACCCCCAAGAAAAUGAGGAUGUCCAGGAGGAACAGUCUAGAGGAAGUGAUGGCGCAGAUAAAGAGUGAGAACAGAGAAGUUUCAGCAUGUCCAUCGAAGCGCUGGAGCCACACAAUGUGUUUGAGUGACCCUGACACCGCCAUCCUCAUCGGAGGAGAGACAGCAGAACAAAACUACUGCAAGGACUCCCUGUGGAAGCUGGAGUUAGAUAAUGACUUCUGGUUCUCUAUGAACUCCUCUUCUUCUGGACCGGUACCCCCAUGUGCUCGAGGACACUCUGCCACCUAUGACCCAGACUCUAAAUCAGUUUUUGUUUACGGAGGCCUGAGGGAAGGUCAGUGCUACAGUGAGCUCUACAUCCUGAAUACUCAGACCUGGAAGUGGAAGCUUGUCACUGCAAAAGGGAACAUUCCUAAUUUGGCAUAUCACUCUGCAGCCUUUUAUAAGAAAGAGCUUUUUGUCUUUGGUGGAGUUCAGCCGAGCCAUUCCUCAACAGAUAAACCCUGCAGUAAUGCUCUGUACAUCUUCAACCCAGAGUUUGAACUCUGGUACCAGCCCAUUGUGGAGGGGGACAGACCUCUGCCUCGGUUUGGACAUUCAGCCACUCUGAUGUCCCAUAAAUUGAUGAUAUUUGGUGGUCGUAAGACGGCCACCUACCUGAAUGAUCUCCACGUGCUAGAUCUGGGAUUCAUGGAGUACACAGCUGUGAAGUGCAGAAACAUGCCACCGCUGCCUCGAGGGUUUCAUGCAGCUGUGCCGGUGUCAGACAACAGGAUACUUAUCAGCGGCGGCUGCAGUGCAAUCGGAGCUCUGAAGGAUGUUCACAUUUUCAACACUGACACCAACAUGUGGAGCUCGGUGGCGUCUCCUCUGCUCUGCUCAAAGCCUCGUGCAGGACACAGUAUGAUACAUUUGGGAUGCUCCAGCCUAACAGAAGCUGAGAAGUAUGAACAGGGCAAAAGUGUCCUUGUUGGGUGCAGUUUGCUCGUGUUUGGAGGAUCAGACUGCUCUGGCACUUUCUACAAUGACAUAGUGAAGUGCUCAGUGGAGCUCUCUGGUUAGUCCGAAGUGAUGAUUUUGAGAUCCAAACAGGACGAUUGGUUUUAUUAUUCCAAAACAGUACAAGUGCUGUGAUCUGUCCUGAUGAUGUGACAAAUCAGUUUCUCAAUGUUUAUAUAUAUAUAUUCCUUAAGGUUAUAUUUGUUGUUUUUGUGAUUUAUUCUUUCCCCUUUAACUUGAAUAUCGCUUCUUUUUAGGAGUCUAUUUUUAAAUAACCAUCACAGAGAUCUCAUGCUGCAUGCAGUGAAAUGAGAGGUUUUGUGAUUUGCAUAACAAAUCUGAUGUAUUUUACACAUUAGGUUAUGACCUUAACCUGUCCCCAUACCAGUGUAUUGAAACAAAGUGCUGGACUGGGUGAAAUGGAUGAAGGCAAAUGCUAAUAAAUGUUUUUUACUCAAA